AUGACCGCAGUAGUACCCGCCUCUGAAGAUACCACUUCCGCCUCCACCGUCGUCACUGCUGCCUCCAACGGCAAGGGACACAUCUUGCACGAUGGCCCUGCAUAUUCGUUGGCGCUCAACAAGGAGCACACUCACGUGGUGGUCGCCGGCAGGAAUGUUUUCAAAGUUUUUCUCAUCGAACAAGGAGGCUUCAAGGAAUGUGUCAACUUGCGCUGUGGAAAAACAUCAAGUGUACAGAGUUCGUCUAGCAUGGAUGUAGCUUGGAACCCAGCAGACGACAAUGUUUUGGCAACUGCUACGACGGGUGGUGCGGUAGUUACAUGGAACUUGAAUAGAACAUCCAGGAAUAAACAAGACCACAUUUUUUACGACCACCGGAGAACUGUAAACAAAGUUACAUUUCAUUGUGUUGAACCCAAUCUGUUGAUGUCUGGCUCUCAAGAUGGUACAAUAAAAUGUUUUGAUUUGAGACUAAAAGAAGCUCCUAAAACUUAUUCCAGCGAUUCAGAAAGUAUUAGAGAUGUUCAGUUUAGUCCUCACAACAGUUAUGUAUUUGCUGCGGCUUCAGAAAAUGGCAGUAUUCAAAUAUGGGAUACAAGAAAGGCUGAAAAGUGUCUGAAUAAGUUUUCUGCUCAUAAUGGGCCAGUAUUUUCUUGUGAUUGGCAUUCGGAACUUCAAUUUCUAGCUACUGCCAGUCGCGACAAGUCUAUUAAAGUUUGGAAUGUUACAAAUAAACCUAUUGCUGAGUACACGAUUAGCACUAUUGCCCCAGUCGGACGAGUUAAGUGGCGGCCUUAUCGUAGAUAUCACUUAGCGUCUAGUGCUUUAGUCUUAGAUUCAGCCAUUAAUGUUUGGGAUGUGCGCCGGCCUUACAUUCCUUAUGCAUCAUUUGCUAAACACACAGAUGUAGCAACUUGUAUUGCUUGGAAAGGAGAUCCUUUCGUACUCUUAUCCACAAAUCGAGAUAGUACUUUGCAUCAAAAUUUCAUAAGUGAAGCAGACUUGCCUUUAGAAAGUGCUAACCAACAAGGUAUGGCUAUCAAUAGAGAUGGUGAUCUAGUAUUUUGUUGUCCGGUUAAUUUAAACAAAGUUGAAAUCCAAAAGUCUAAAGAAAGUUCCCGAAAGACUUCAACUACAACUAGCGGUGAAGAAGAAUUAAACACAUCAAGUGAAAUGAAUGUAUUCCGUGAUCCAAAAAUUGUCAUGUGUUUAUCUGAUGAAACAGAAUGUAUCCAAACAUGUGCUAUCCAAUAUAAACUUAUAGGAAGAUCAAUAGGAGAACUAUGUGACCACAAUGCUGGUGUCGCCUCCAGUGUUGGAAGAACAACAGUUUUUUUGUUUUGGAAUGUCCUACGAAUACUGUAUGAUCACCGUGUGUCUCUUAUUGCUCUAAAAGAAGAUAUUAUGAGUAGCUCAAACAUUGAAAGUAGCUUUGAUGGGGACAACCCUAUUGGUUCCCUCAGCGAUGAAGAUGGUCUCAGAGGAGAUAAACCUUACCAGUUGGGAGAUUUCUAUUUUGGCAAUGCGGAAAUUGAUCCUUUAGAUGCUGAACAUGACCAAUUUGACUUUAUAGGCUUACAGAUGGAUAGCAAAACUGUAGAAGAGGAUAAUGAUUGGGAAGUACCCGUAGAAUCAAUAACUUUAAGACAUGAAAUCAUACAUGAACCAAUUGUUAAUGAUCCCUACAUACCUAACUCAGCGCCUUCAGCAAACAAAUUAAAUAACCGCAUAACCUCUGCGCCGCUAUUACGAAUAACAUCCCCAGCAAAAUUUGACAUGUGGAAUCCGUCAGAAAUUGUUGCCAAAGCUCUUCGCCAUCAUGUUGAUGAAGGUGAUGUACAAACAGCGGUCUGCGCGUUAAUUGUUUUGAGUGAUGAAAUUAGAAGUGAACUAACCCAUCCCAGACAUCCUUGGCGUCUUUUACAUGCUGAAAUAGAAUCUUGGUGGUUAAAUUAUCUCGAAUUACUAAAAAAAUUCAAAUUAUGGUCCUGUGCUACAACGGUGAUCCAACUUUCACGCAUUCGUAGUAUAUUGCAACUGCACCGAACAUCUACUUCAGUUAAUUUGACUUGUGGAUGGUGUUAUAAAGGUUUGACACGAAACAGUCGACGCUGUUACAACUGUCAACAUUCUGAAUGUGCUAAGUGUGCAUUAUGCCAAAGGAUUGUACGUGGAAUGUACGCAUGGUGUAGAGGAUGUGCACACGGUGGUCACAUUGCACACAUGAAACAAUGGUUUAUGGAGAAUAAGUAUUGUCCAACUGGGUGUGGACACAUGUGUGAAUAUUGA